CUAAAACAUGGACAUUAUUACCUCAAAUAUGUACAUUCGCAUGAGAGAGGGUAUCGAGUGAUAAAUCAGUUACAUCAUUACAUAGGAUUUAUCACUCCCAUCCCAUAGAUUAAUGAUGUUUCAUAGGUAGCUAGGUUAUUGUUGAUGAACGUUAAGAUUGAAUGGAAAAAAGCAAGAUUUUAAUAAUUGGUGCAACGGGAAGUCUUGGUUACCAUUUAGCAGAAUCAAGUCUCAAAUUUUGUCACCCAACUUUUGCUCUUGUUAGAGAUUCUGCUAUUUCUGACCCAAUCAAAUCCCAUAAACUUCAAUGUCUUUCCCAUGCUGGAGUUACCCUUCUCAAAGGUUCUCUCGAAGACGAAGCAAGCCUUGUUGAAGCUGUGAAGUUAGUUGAUGUUGUAAUUUGUGCUGUUUCAGCUAAACAAACUCUACAGCAAAAGCUACUCAUUAAGGUUAUCAAACAACUUGGUUCUAUCAAGAGAUUCAUCCCAUCUGAAUUUGGCUCAGAUCCUACCAAGGCUAAAGUAUGUGAACUUGAGGAUGGCUAUAAUUUCUAUGCACCAAAAAUUGAAAUUAGGCAACUUGUGGAAGCUGAAGGCAUUCCAUAUACUAUCAUCUCCUGCAACUUCUUUAUGAAAAUUUUGCUUCCUUCUCUUGUUCAACCAGGAUUAAGUGCUCCACCUAGGGACAAAGUCACAAUAUUUGGUGACGGCAAUACAAAAGGUGUAUUUAUGCAGGAAAGUGAUGUUGCUGCUUUCACCAUCAAUGCGGUUGACGAUCCCCGCACACUGAAUAAAGUUUUGUACUUAAGACCUCCGGGAAAUGUUUGUUCUAUGAAUGAGCUGGUUGAGAUAUGGGAAACUAAAAUAGGGAAGAAACUUGAGAGUUUGCAUGUCUCGGAAGAAGAGCUGCUUGAGAAAAUCAAAGCAACAACUUUCCCUACGAACUUCGAGAUGCUUUUUAUAUAUUCUGCUUUCAUAAAGGGAGAUCAUACAUACUUCGAUAUUGAGUCGUCAUCUGGUGUGAAUGGUACAGAACUAUAUCCGCAGCUGAGAUAUUCCACAAUCAGCGAAUUUUUAGACACACUUUUGUAGACUUUGUUUUGUUUAGGAUGUUUGGAAAAUGAACACUUACAUAUCUUCCGUGAACAUUCCAUUUUUCCCAUGUUACAUGUUUAUCUUUAUAUUUGUGAACACAGCCUAAGAAUGUGAAAACAUGCUUUUGAAAAAAUUAACAAUGCUUGUUCUUUGGCAAGGAGUGGUUGAGACAAAAUUCAACAAUAAACUUGCAAUAUAGUAAUAUAAUAGGGAAUUCUGCUAUGAGUUUUC